UGCGCGGAACCCCGGAACCAUUGAUAUUACUUGUCGUGUGUUCCUGGGGUACCAUUGAUGUGACGUACCAACGCUGGAGCGUAUUUGCUAAGCAGCUUUGCCUCUUUCAGCUACAUUUAAGCGGGUCAAAGGGAUCUUUUUCACAUUUUUAGAGAAUGUCCGAGGCCACGGAAACAAUCAAAAGCUAUGAAGAGUUGUUCGGUAAUAGAUUUACCUCCGAGGACCAAGAAUACCAGGAGUAUCUGAACCGACCCGCCGACCCCCCACCUAUAGUGGAAGACUGGAGGGGCCGGGCAGGGGGAAACCAGAGGGGCAGAGAUAACAGAUACAAUGAGCGUCGUGGGCAUGGAGAGCGUGGGUGGAGAGGAGGACACCAGGGCUGGCGUGGUGGAGACCAUCGCAGGCAGCAGCACUGGCAAGACAGAGACAGAGACAGAGGCUGGGGGCAUGGAAGUCAGUACAACCAGGGUUACAACUCCUAUCAGCAGAGGCAGCAUUAUGAUCGCUACUGAUUUUUCUUCUGUCGCCUCCAGGUUAUGACAGUAUUUAUACAGCAGUAGUUACUAUCUUAUAACUCAAAAUCUAAAACUGUUUGGCAAAAAUGCAAACUUUUUUUUAUUAUUGUUUAUGUCUUCCUCAUGUAAAUGAGGGCUGAGCAUUUUUCUAUUGUACUGUAUUUUUUUUGUUUUACACUGGAUUUCAACUUUUUUUUCUUUCUUCAUUCUGUUCAUUCCCAAAGUCAAGUUAUGUUCUUCUCUCCUUUGGAAAAACACGACAAUUUAAAGAACUUUUUAGAUCUACUUAAUGCACUGAGGGGAAAUAAAAUCUGGUCAUUGUUUUAGAUGUGCAGACUGCUUUCAUGUUUUUCAUGUAUCACAGUCGACACAUUAGUGUUGCAGAGUGGAGUGAAAUUAAACUUCCUAAGCAAAUGGAUUUGUGAAACUUUAUUGAAAAAAAAUGCAGCAAAAGCACAGACAUUUGGACAUUUAUCAAUAAACAUGUAUUUUCAUAAUCA